GGGGAGGGCUGUAGUGGAGAUGGGACCUCAGGGAAAGUGAACAGUCAGUACCCACAAAGGAGCAGCGGGUCAGAAGGGCUCAGAUGCGAGGGGAUGGGCCCAGGCCUGGUGAGGACUCAUGGAAAUUCUCUUCCUGUUAUUUCUGUAUUUUCAGUUAAACUAUUUCCCAUGACUCAAAAUAGGGUUUGGUUCAUUGGUCUUAUGUUGUAUAACAGGUUGAGGCUGCCUUUUACUGAAGCUCAUUAAAAUUGGCCCCCUUACCAGCUGCAGAGUCAUUUGCUCUAAACUUUUAACACCUCGAACCCUACUGAAAGUCUCUCAGAACCAGAGUUCAGAAUUAAUAGAGCUCUUUGGUCCCAGAGAUAACCCCAAGCUUGGCUGCAGCACUCCUGUGGGGAUUCAUUUACUCAGGUUGCUGUGGGCGGGCCGCCAAGACGAUUUCAGGAAGGGUGUGGGAUCUUGCGAUAUGUAGCUUUGAGGCUCAGUUACCUGCCUGUCAUGGAUACCAACUGUGGGUUUGGUUUCUUAAUAGUUGAAAGAGUGUGUAAUAAAAUUUCCAAAGCAGUUAACCGUGCUUCUCCAUGAGGGGAACAUAUGGUAGCCCACAAGACCAGGAUGCGGGCUGGAGCUUCGGUUUGCACGAAAAAUGUGCGCCUGGGUAUUUGGGCUUUGUUUGUUUUUGUUGUUGUUUGGGGCAAAAGGCAAAGGCACAGGAUUGAUUUAUGUUUCUCAGUUGCUGAGGGCAGAGGGAGGUACCACAUACCGUUCAGAAAAGGCAACCGAAAUUUUCAUAUCCAUCUCUGGAUUAUACAGACCUCGGGAGCAGAAUUCUUACGGAGUUUUAGGAUGAAAGUCGGCCCCAAUACUCCCUUCCAACCCACGUGGUGACAUCGCCUUCCCGCGCUCCCAUUCACACGGCAUGCAAGAUGAUGGGAGAAUACACUAGGCGGGUGACAUUCACCUUUACCGUGUCCUGCUCCCUCUUUUUUUUUUUCAGAGAUGCCAUAACAAAAAUGAAAGAUGUUUACCUGAAGAAUCCUCAGAUGGGAGACCCAGCCAGUUUGGAUCACAAAUUAACCGAAGUCAGCCAAAAUAUAGAGAAACUGCGGCUAGAAUCCCAGAAAUUUGAGGCCUGGCUGGCGGAGGUGGAAGGCAGGCUGCCGGCACGCAGCGAGCAGGCCCGCCGGCAGAGUGGAAUGUUCGACGCCCAGAACCCGGCCACGGUCAACAACUGUGCCCAGGACCGCGAGAGCAGCCCGGAUGGCAGUUACACGGAGGAGCAGAGUCAGGAGGGUGAGGUGAAGGUGCUGGCCACGGACUUCGACGACGAGUUUGAUGAGGAGGAGCCCCUGCCCGCCAUCGGGACCUGCAAAGCCCUCUACACGUUCGAAGGUCAGAAUGAAGGGACCAUCUCCGUGGUUGAAGGAGAAACACUGUACGUGAUCGAGGAAGACAAAGGCGACGGGUGGACCCGCAUUCGGAGAAAUGAAGACGAAGAGGGUUAUGUCCCCACUUCGUACGUCGAAGUCUAUUUGGACAAAAAUGCCAAAGGUGCUAAGACUUAUAUUUAAUACAACUUAAAAAAAAAAAAAACUGUAAAAAAAAAAAAAAUUGGAGUUGUCUCUCCCCACAACUAUGACUGUUCCCGACGGUUCUUCCAAAGCGUGGCUGGAGGAUACCGGACCGGAGUGCCUGUUGUCACAUGGCCACGCGGUGGGCUUGUAGGCAUUCGACACCCGAAUUUCAAUGGCUAGUUUUGACUAUAAUCACGUUUCACUUGCUCAUGAAAUAUGACGCGGAAAGCUGCCAACUGCCAAUUUACAAUUCUGUCAUUUGAAAUCGGAUAAACAGUUCUUCUGGCAGUAUCUGUAGGUAUCCAAAAAAAAAAAAAGAAAGUUGCCUUCUAGCUUCUAAUCGCUAUUUCUGAAUUUAAAGGUCCACACACAUCAGAGGGGUGGGUAAGACUUCAGUUCUAUCUCCAGUUCUAUCUCGCAACUGCCGUAAAUGGAACCCCCUUAGAAAGUGUUACAUUUUGUAACUUAAUAACUUGAACUACGCUAGUUUGUUUAAUCUUACAAUCAUUUGCUUUGGAGGAAAUCAUAAAUAAAACCUCCCCCUCCUUGAGGAAAGAGUAAGACGAGUCCUAUAUUGGUACUAAACGUGUGUAUUUUUCCUUAAACGUGUUUAAGAUCAUUGGUAGAUCGCCGUGAUUAUCCUCUCCCCUCCGCACGAUCCCAGACAACCGACUGAAAUCUGGAAAAGCUUGGUUAACAAUUAACCACUUGACUUUUACAGGAGACCACUGAGCUCCCCGCUGCCACUGACAGAGUCGAUCAGAUGCCCUGGUGCUGUUUCGAUCACUUACAAAAAACAGCGUUUCUGUUGGAGGUUUUGUGGCAAGUGGAGCUGUAUUCAGCUCACACUUCCCCAGGUGGGGCUAUAAAUAGCAGCAGCUGCUUCUACACGCAGACCCCAGCUCCUCACUUCACAGAGGUGUUUGGGGUUUUUGGUUGGUUGGUUUGUUUGUUUUUAAUCCUUGACAUCUUUAAGACCCAAAAUAUGAAUUUACUGAAAAUCGUUUUAUAUAAUGAACUAUAGCCAGACUAAAAUAAAGUAUUUCACCAUCUUGAAAGGGAUCUGGGUCACGUGGGGAUUUGCAUUUUUAAAUUGGCAACAUAGGUAAUGAAAUCGAUCACAUGCAUAGAGAUGGGUACCCAGCCCAAUGUGUGUGCCCAUUUCAAGAAUCUACCCUGAGGUCACGGAGAACCAGCUAUGAAUGGCUCACAAUAAAGGUGUCAAGUUCCAAUUUACUUUUUAUUUGGCUUUGAGAAUUAUUUAUUCAUGUCCUUCCUACUUUUAAAUAGGAAAUUAGCUCCUUGCUUUUACAUCGUGAGCUCCUUUUAUAAGCUCAAGUCGAUUCAAAGCUGAUUCUACCAAAAAAAAAAAAAGCCGGUUUAAAAACCAACAGCUGCUUAUCAUCGGGGUGUGGCACCUGGCCAGAGUUAUAGGUGCUUGUUGUAGAUUCUAGCAGAAAGUUUGCUACAUUCCCCAAGGACCACCAAAAUGGAAUUUAGUAAAUGUUAAUGACAGCCUGAUUUUUAAAACACGUUUUAUUGUUAAGUAAUGACAGAUUGCCAGGAAGCUGUAAAGACAGUCCAGAGCCAUCCCGUGUACCCUUCAGCCGGUGUCCCCCCAGUGGUGACUUCUGACGUAAUGGUAGAAUAAUGCCCAAAGCAGGAAACUGACAUCGGUCCGCCUGCUUAUUAAAAUAUCAUUUUGUGAUUCAGAUUUCUCUUGCCUUGUUCUACCUUUGCCGAUGUAAUGUCGAUAAAGCCAUUCACCCUGGACCCCAGACCUCUCAGGAAAAUCAUUUCUGUUCCCCUUUUUAAAUAUUUGCCACAAGUAACUCAGCUGGCCCUGAAACCACGGGGAUCCCUCUUCACGAGCUAGGGGAGGUUACAGCACUAGGCACGGACCCAGGCGAACGGGGGACCUCAGAUAUUAAAACCGGAGCUUUCUGUCCGAUGAUGGGACUCAUUUCCAGCCUGUGAACUGCUACAGGAAGCAAACCAAACACUGAAAAAGUCUUAAAAUGGCCGAGACAACGUGAGCCUUUGGAAGCCUCCCUUGGAAAGUAUGGCAUUCCAUGACGUUGUUGUGGGCUUAUUUAGGUUUUUGUGUUUUUUGUUUUUUCCUUAACAGUUGUGCAAAUUUGAUUCAGAAAAUGGCUCAGUUGGUUUAUGGGGGGCGGGGGGGCGUGUGUGGGUUUGGGCGUGUAAUUGGAUGCUCAUGAUUUUAAGUUGUGUGCCUCAGGCCCUUAGCACAGGCAGCUGCGGAGGAGGGACAGAACAAGUGUGCCUUGGUGCCCGCCGCCGGUCAAUGCACCGAGUAUUAGGAGAAGUCCUGAAACCAUUCCCAAAGAAUCAGAAUUCCCAUUUCUGCCCAGAGCAUACUCUGGUUUUUUCUACCCUCCCCCCCACCCCCGGUUAUCUGCUAAAAUGAAAGAAGUCAAGUCUCGGCUUGUGGGUAAAGUUUUCUCCUUUUAUUUUAGAGACACAUUUAGAGAUUACUCGUGUACGCGUAGAAGCCUGUCUUCCCCACCUGGUUUCUCAAUCUGCUCGGCACCCCCAAGAACACUGUCCCCCCAACCCCUCCCAGCCCGCGGGGAACUCAAAGCGGCUGUUCUGUGCCCGUGCACACGUGUGUGUGUGUGUGUGUGUGUGUGUUGUCGUCUACAAUGUGACUAUUUAAUAAUUGCCAAAAUAUUUAGACUAGAGGAACGUCCAAUGGGUCAGUUGGAUUGUGACUGUCUUUUAUGGUUCAGUUUGGUUUUUUAAAUUGCUUUCUGUUAAAUAUGUCCGUAAUCCCCCCACCCCCCAUCUAUUUGUAUAUAGUGCCAUUUAAAAACUAAAAGGAUGACUUGAAUUCGUUGUUUUAACGUUUGACUCUUUUGUCUGUUUGUUUUAUUGGUGCUUCUGCUGCCUAAUGACCAUUUUUGUUUUUGUACCCGCGGGGGAAGCCGGAAGGACUAGGUCCCCUGCCGGCCACUCCAGACUUGAGUUUAUUGUAGACACUUGUGUUCUGAGUAAGUUUUGUUCCAGUAUGGCCAACAUGAUUGUCUCUCUCUCUUCUCACCCUGAAAGAAAAGAAUCUGUCUGGCUCCUCUUAGUUGUACCCUCGUAUCUGCCUCUCUAAUAAACGUAUUUUUCUCAG